CUCUCUCUCUCUCUCUCUCCCCCCCACACACACACACAAGGCGAAGUGAUCGGCGACCAUGACGGACACGACGGACGAUAUCGCGGAGGGAAUCUCGUUCCAGAGCUUCGAAGACGAUUGCAAGUUGCUCUGCAAUCUCCUCAACGACGUGUUGCAGAGGGAAGUUGGUAGCGAGUUCAUGGAAAAAAUCGAACGGACUCGCAUCCUCGCUCAGAGUGCGUUAAAUUUGCGUUUGGCUGGGAUCGAAGAUUCCGCCGAACUUUUGGAAAAGCAACUGACUUCUGAAAUAUCAAAGAUGUCACUGGAAGAAGCCUUGAAGCUGGCUCGUACGUUCAGCCAUUUUCUUAAUUUGAUGGGCAUUGCCGAAACCCAUCACAGAGUCCGUAAAGUUCGGAAUGCUGUGCAGCUUUCAAGAUCCUGUGAUGAUAUAUUCAGUCAGCUAUCGCAAGGUGGAAUUUCCCCAGAUCUGCUUUAUGACACAGUUUGCAAGCAGGAAGUUGAAAUUGUUCUUACUGCACAUCCCACUCAAAUUAAUCGGCGAACCUUACAGUACAAACAUCUUAGAAUUGCUCAUCUUCUAGAAUACAACGACAGAAAAGACCUUGGCUCUGAAGAUAAUGAUAUGCUCAUUGAGGAUCUGGUUAGGGAGAUAACUUCACUGUGGCAGACUGAUGAGCUCAGACGUCAGAAGCCCACUCCAGUUGACGAAGCUCGGGCUGGCCUGAACAUUGUUGAACAAUCCCUAUGGAAAGCUGUGCCACAUUACUUGCGCCGUGUCAGCAACGCUUUGAAGAAGCACACAGGGAAGCCACUUCCAUUGACUUGCACCCCCAUAAAAUUUGGUUCUUGGAUGGGGGGUGAUAGAGAUGGAAACCCAAAUGUCACUGCGAAGGUCACGAGAGACGUGUCUCUCAUGUCUAGGUGGAUGGCUAUCGAUCUGUACAUAAGAGAAGUUGACAGCUUAAGAUUUGAAUUAUCCAUGAGCCAUUGCAGCGAUAGGUUGUCAAGAAUGGCAGAAGAAAUUCUUGAAAAAGAAGCUUAUGAACAAGGUCAACAAGAAGGUUGGAGUCAAAAUCAUAACAGAAGCCAAUCAAGAUUUCAAUGUCAGCAGGUUUCAUUGCCCUCUCAACUUCCAGCUAGAGCUGACCUUCCUGCCUGCACUGAAUGUGGUGAAUCCCAGUAUCCCAAAUUUGAAGUUCCCGGGACAGAUUUUAUACAACUCAAUCGUCAGGUUAAGCAAAGCUGUAAAGAGGCAAAUGAUGUCAAAGGUACUACUAGUAAGGAUUUCGGCCUAAACUCACAAGACAUAUUGGCAAAUGGAACUGCGAACAACUCUGAUGGUUCUCAUUCGGGUCUUAGUUCCCGAGGUUCUUUCUCGUCUAGUUCUCAACUUCUCGCUCAGAAGAAACUAUUUGUGGAAUCUCAGAUAGGUAGGACCAGUUUUCAGAAGCUACUGGAGCCAAGCCCACCUAAACGACCUGGGAUUGCUCCUUACCGGAUUGUUCUUGGGGAAGUAAAGGAAAAGCUUAUGAAGACACGUAGACUUCUGGAACUUCUUCUCGAGGAUCUUCCUUGUGAGUAUGUUCCUUGGGAUUACUAUGAAACAUCAGAUCAACUAUUGGAACCUUUGCUCCUCUGCUAUGAAUCUCUGCAAUCAUGUGGAGCUGGGACACUAGCUGAGGGCCGGCUUGCUGAUCUGAUCCGGAGAGUUGCUACCUUUGGCAUGGUUUUGAUGAAACUCGAUUUGCGUCAGGAAUCCGGAAGGCAUUCUGAAGCCCUGGAUGCAAUCACGACAUACUUGGAUAUGGGUACAUAUAGUGAAUGGGAUGAAGAAAAGAAACUAGAAUUUCUGACUCGAGAACUGAAAGGCAAACGACCCCUUGUUCCUCCGACUAUUGAGGUCGGGUCUGAAGUUAAAGAAAUAUUGGACACUUUCCGAGUUGCUGCUGAGCUGGGGAGCGAGUCUCUUGGAGCUUAUGUCAUAUCUAUGGCUUCAAAUACAAGUGAUGUCCUUGCGGUGGAGCUUCUGCAGAAAGAUGCCAGGCUUUCCGUCAGUGGCGUGUUGGGAAGACCAUGUCCUGGUCGAACGCUCCGGGUGGUUCCUCUGUUUGAGACAGUGAAGGAUCUAAGAGGAGCUGGAUCCGUGAUAAGGAAGUUGCUAUCAAUAGAUUGGUAUAGGGAACAUAUCCAAAAGAACCAUAAUGGUCAUCAAGAGGUGAUGGUUGGAUACUCGGAUUCAGGGAAAGAUGCAGGACGAUUUACUGCAGCGUGGGAACUGUACAAAGCUCAGGAGGAUGUUGUGGUUGCUUGCAAUGAAUUUGGCAUCAAAGUAACUCUGUUCCAUGGACGAGGAGGGAGUAUCGGUCGAGGUGGUGGCCCGACUUAUCUUGCCAUCCAAUCCCAACCUCCAGGCUCUGUAAUGGGCACCCUACGGUCCACGGAGCAAGGUGAGAUGGUGCAAGCCAAGUUUGGGUUACCCCAAACAGCGGUUAGGCAGCUAGAGGUAUACACAACAGCGGUACUGCUUGCUACCUUAAGGCCGCCUCAUCCACCUCGUGAAGAAAAAUGGCGAACCCUUAUGGAAGAAAUCUCGGAAAUCAGCUGCCAAAACUACCGUAACACAGUCUAUGAAAACCCUGAAUUCCUCUCCUACUUCCAGGAGGCGACACCACAGGCCGAGCUAGGUUUCCUCAACAUAGGAAGCCGUCCUACACGGAGAAAGGCCUCCAGUGGCAUCGGCCAUCUCCGAGCUAUUCCUUGGGUUUUCGCUUGGACGCAAACAAGAUUCGUCCUCCCAGCUUGGCUCGGGGUAGGAGCCGGUCUGAAAGGCGUGUGCCAGAAGGGUCACGCCUCAGAUCUAAGAUCUAUGUACGAAGAAUGGCCCUUCUUUCAAUCCACUAUAGACCUCAUAGAAAUGGUGUUAGCUAAAGCUGAUAUCCCUAUAGCCAAACACUAUGACGAAGAGCUCGUGUCCGAGAAGAGAAGAGGGAUUGGGACCGAGCUGAGGAAGGAACUGAUGGAGACGGAGAGGUAUGUGUUAGUGGUAAGCGGCCACGAGAAACUGUCGGAGAACAACAAGAGCCUGAAGAAACUGAUAGAGAGCAGAUUACCAUAUCUGAAUCCUAUGAACAUGUUACAGGUUGAGAUCCUUAAGAGGCUUAGAUGCGAUGAUGAUAAUGUCAAGCUAAGGGAUGCAUUGCUCAUCACCAUCAAUGGCAUUGCAGCUGGAAUGAGGAAUACUGGUUAAUUACGUUUGAAACUACUCCUUGAUCAGUUUAUGUAUAACUCUCUUUUUUUUUCCCUUUUCCAACUCUUUUCCAUGGGAUUGCCUUGUGCCUACUUUUCUUGAGUUGUGUUUUUGGUGACUGGUUUUGUAAAAGAUGUUCGGUCUUUCUCGACUUAUUUAUGUAAGAUUUAGGCAAAGAAUGUGGUUCUGAACCCUGCAAUCAAAUAAUAUGCAUGUACCUA